ACUUGAAGCGCCGACUUCAGGUAGUAGAUAAACUGAAACGGGGCUCCGAAGAAGAUUUUUUGAUUGUUCGGUGUUAAAAAGUUUUAAUAAUAAUUUUCAGUGAUUUUUUUUAAUCUAAUUAAAAAUUAUUUUAUUGUAGUUUAUUAAAAAAUCGUUAAAAUGAUUCUUUUAACGAAAACACCUUCUUCUUCUUGGACAACUCUAUCACUGUUAAUAGUACUGAUGAUAAUUUCGUGCCAUUUCGAAGACGUAUUCUGUCGAAAAUCGAAGAGAACGAAGCCGAGCAAUCCGCCGCCUCCACAGCUUCGCGAGGAGCAAUUUGUCAAAUUCGUCCGGAAAGACGCUCAGAUAACGGCGUUCCUUCGCCAAGGACAGAACAAGACAUUCUAUACCUGGUCGAAUACAAACAACUCUUAUUUGUCAAUAACGAUCUUAACGUGUUCUUCGGAGUUGAUUUGGACAUUGGAUUACAGUUUGGAUAAUAGCAGCGUUGAUGUGGAUGGUGCUGUCGAUAACAAGAACCGAAAGAACUUGUUAGGAAACUUGUCGUCGAGUAGCAGAAAAGUGGUAGACAUCGACACGCUCAGUUUCUGGACCCAGAAAGGAUUGUACGCGAUAAACGUCAAAUCGGAAUACAAGUCAACGUUCUUGCACCUGUACGUUAGUACAGUUAUCGAGUUUCCAUUUGAUGCACUACAAAAUUCGCAUUCGAAUUUAAAAGUCUCGAAACGAAGAAGGAAACGUCUAACAGUAACCUGGAAUCCAAGGUUUUUUUUUUUAUUUUAUUGCAUUUUCCAUUCACGUCCUAUUCUUUAUUCUUACAAGUUAUUAUUAGGAUUAGUGGUGGAACGGAUAUCCGGAUAGUUAAUAAUUAACUAGUUUU